GCUUCCGGUAACGCCCACCUAGCUCCUUCUGCCAGGAGGCUGUCCUCAGGUGGCUGUCAUUUCCCCGGAAAGGAGACACAGGGGUUGUCGCGUGCAGGGUUGCAGAGUGCGUGGUAAGGGGUGGACCCCCAGAGUGCCUGCAGAGACAGCCCCGGCCCUAGCCCUGGUGCGGUGCAGGAUGGAGGACUCUGGUUGAUAGGUCGCUACGGAUAAAACCGAAGGAGGCUGUCAUGGGAUCAUCCUCGGGUGCAGGGGACGUGGAUGCCCAGAGAUGAGACUGCGUGGAAUUUUGAAAGGAAAUUUCAGUCUGAGCAGGCAGCAGGCUCUGUUUCCAAAAGCACACAGUUUGAGUAUGCCUGGUGCCUGGUGCGAAGCAAAUACAAUGACGACAUCCGUAAAGGCAUCUUGCUCCUGGAGGAGCUGUUGCCCAAAGGGAGCAAAGAGGAACAGCGAGAUUAUGUCUUCUACCUGGCAGUGGGCAACUAUCGUCUCAAGGAGUAUGAGAAAGCUUUAAAGUAUGUGCGAGGAUUGCUGCAGACUGAGCCCCAGAACAACCAGGCCAAGGAGCUGGAACGCCUCAUUGACAAGGCCAUGAAGAAAGAUGGACUGGUAGGCAUGGCCAUUGUUGGUGGCAUGGCCCUGGGUGUGGCGGGACUGGCUGGACUCAUUGGACUAGCAGUCUCCAAGUCCAAAUCCUGAAGAUAGCCUCACCCGCUCUCUGCCCUGGCACACCUGGGAGCCUGGGGACACUGGAAGAGGGUCCUGUCCAUCCUCAUCAUGGCCUUCCCUUGUCUACCCCAACCCUCGUCAUCCACCUCUACAGCCUCCUCCGUGACCUUCAACCUCCCACCCCACCCCCAACACCUGUUGUUCAGUCCUAAGUCAUGCUUUGCAAUGAGUGUAAAUAAAAUUGGGCUGUGGCUUGGGAA